GCCGCUUGCCGACUGUUCGAGACAGGGAACACGACAAUGGAUUCACCUAAACGCGUUGGCUCACCUUCUCCUGGCUCCUCCGAUGCGAAACGGAUUCGUCUGACCGUUCCACAGCAAAACCAAGGUGUCGAGGCUGUGGAUCCCGAAAUUGCUCCUGGCAAAAAGAGUGAGCUGGAGCCAAUACAAGGCGGGGACAUAGGCAAUUUACCCGGCGAGCCGCCUGCCGAGACGCGUCCAGAGACAGGUGGGAGAGUGCGCGUCCUGGGGGAAGGGGAGGAAGAUGGCGGUGACGUGGAAAUGGGAGAGGGCGGCGACGACGAAGGAGAUUCUGGCGAGGAGAACGAAGACGAGGAUCCCGCACAGUUAGAAGCGACGAGAGUUCGUCUGGAGGAUCAGGCGCGCAAAUACUUGGCUGCCCAGACGCACGAAGUCAUCAUUCCCUCCUACGCUGCCUGGUUCGACAUGUCCAAAAUUCAUUCCAUCGAGAAGCGCGCCCUGCCCGAAUUCUUCAAUUCCAGAAACAAGUCCAAGACCCCUGCCAUUUACAAGGACUACCGCGACUUCAUGAUUAACACCUACCGCCUCCGCCCUUCGGAAUACCUCACUGUUACAGCUUGCAGAAGGAACCUGGCGGGUGACGUUUGCGCUAUCAUGCGCGUGCAUGCUUUCUUAGAGCAGUGGGGUCUGAUAAACUACCAGAUUGAUCCCGACUCGCGUCCUGCCACAUUGGCACCACCAUUCACAGGCCACUACCGUGUCAUUAUCGACACACCCCGUGGACUUCAGUCGCUACACCCUGGGACGCGGCCGCCCAACCACCCUCAUGCGCAGGGCGUGAACGGUGCUCCCAAGCCCGGUUCCACGUCUACUCCAGCAUCCCUCGAACUUCGCUCCAACAUCUAUCAGACUACGGCGAAAGCCUCGCGGCCCAUCAAUGCUGAGCAGGCAAAGGAGCUGGCUAACGGUGCUUCUGCUCCUGGUGGUAAUGGUCGCGCGACCGCAUCGAUCACGUUCCAGUGUGAUACGUGCGGUGUUGACUGUACGGCCGUGCGGUACCAUUCCCUCAAAGUGAAGAACUUUGAGCUCUGCCCACCGUGUUACCUUGACGGUCGCUUUCCCUCGACCAUGUUCAGCGGCGAUUUCGUCAAGCUGACCAACGCUGCCACCACGAGCGGCAACGCCCACCUCAGCGACAAUGACUGGUCGGACGACGAGAUUCUCCGGCUGCUGGAGGGCGUGGAGAUGUAUGAUGACGAUUGGUCAUUGAUUGAGGAGCAUGUGGGCACGCGAUCUGCGCAGCAGUGCAUACGCAAAUUCCUGGAACUCCCCAUCGAAGAUCCAUAUCUGGAGACAGAAGGCUCCAUGGGCGGCCUUCGAUAUGCCCGUAUACCCUUCGAACAAGCAGACAACCCGGUGAUGAGCGUCGUCGCUUUCCUGGCUGGCGUUGUCGGACCUGGGGUCGCCGCUGAGGCCGCCAAGACGGCAUUGCAUGCCCUCACAGAUGGUGCCACAAAAGAGGAAGAAAAGCAGGACGCCAAACCCCCUGAAGCGGGUGAGGGCGCAACUGCCGGCGCUCAGGGUGAUAAAAUGGAUCAGGAUGCUCCAAGUCAGGGCCAAGAGGGCGCUUCAAGUAAACCGAGCACUCCGACCCCUCCGUCAAACGAGAUGGUCACGGACAAGGGAGAGGAAAAGCAGCCUUCGGCCCGGAUACCUCAUUCCAAAGUCGUCCGCGCCGCCGACCUAGCCCUCAAGGCAUCUGGCAAGGCCGCGGGGGCCUUGGCGGAUGCCGAGGACGCGCAGAUCCGCUCUACGCUAGCGAACCUCAUCAAACUGACUCUGACAAAGCUCGAGCUCAAAAUGGCACAGUUCGAGGAGCUGGAGGAUAUCUUGGAGGAAGAGAGGAAGGCUCUCGAGACCGCACGGCAGCAGGUCGUUGAGGAACGCGUGACAUUGAAGCGUACGCUCGAGAAAGUGCGUAGUGAGCUCCAGAAAAAUGGCGCUGCCGCCGCGGCAGAUGCUACGUCCCAGACCAGCCUCGGUACGAGCGGGCAGGGCACUAUUGUCUCCCAGGUGCAAGAGGGCACCGCUAUGGAAGGCGACUCGGGUCCGAUUAGCGGAGGAAAUAUGGCGCAACUCAGCUGAGUCGUUCUUGGUGAUAUUGCAUUCCUUGUAAUUCUAUUGUUGUCCCUGCUGUCUAAUAUCAUUUAUCUUUAUUGUUCGGAUUGGUCCCGG